CGGGCAGCUGCACUGCACUUUCAAAGUUAGUCAAUCAUGAAGCUGACAGCUUAAUAAAAGAUUCCCUUUUUUGCUCUCUGCUGUGUUCACUUCACUUGGAGGAGGCGUUCAGGAUGGCCACACGCUUCAGUUUAUGCUUACACAUUAUUAUCACCUCUUUGUGUAGCACAGUGUACAGUUCUGACAUUUCCUGUAGGAAUGAAGAUGGUGAGCCUGUUGAUUGGUUUAUCAUCUAUAAACUGCCUAAGUAUAAGAUUGGUGAGGUCGGCAGCGGGGUGGAUUACAUGUACCUGGACUCCUCAGCAGGGAGCUGGCAGAUGAGUAAAUUCAUGGUUAACACCAGUCAAGGAGCCAUAGGGAGCACACUGAACCAGCUUUACACAGGAAAGGCCUACAAGUCUAACAGUUCAGUCUACGGACUCUACAAUGAUGCCCCGCCGAUCCUGGAUUACAUUCAAGGAUAUGGACACACUAAAGGGCUACUGCUCUUUGACCGCUCUCAAGGUUUCUGGCUAUCACACACUAUUCCCCAUUUCCCCUCCUUCCCUGAGAGAGGCUAUCUCUACCCCUCCUCUGGCAAGGUCAAUGGCCAGACCGCGCUCUGUGUGACCUACCAGUAUGAACAGUUCCUCCGUAUAGCAAAGCAGAUGGCGUACAUUUACCCACGUUUCUAUAACUGUUCUGUACCUGCUGCCUUCUUGGUCGACCUGCCACAGUUGGCCCAGUUAUGUGAGGGCACCAAACCAACGCUGGCCUCAGAUAAGAGAGUGGAGCAGCUUUUCUCCACCCAAGGGGACAAGUUUGUCAGUUUUGUCAAAUCUGAACACUUUGUGGAUGGUGCUGACACACUAUCAUCUCAGGACAGUGAAGCGUAUGAACACACCCCGUACCCGAGGCCUUCUGAAGUACUUCCUGCCCCCAAGUUGAUGCAGUGUCUACUUGUGACCCUUGUCACAUUUUAUGGCCUCAGUGUGGACAGUUGCCGAGCAGUAAUCUUUCCCAUUCUGAUUGUUUCAUUUGUAGAAAAGAUGGGGCAUUUUUACAAUUAAAUAUUAAUUAAUUAUUUAUCUUGCUAAAGUUCCCAUGUGUAACAUUUAGGAUCUAUUGGCUGAAACGGAAUAUAAUAUGCAUAAUUGUUUUCAUUAGUGUAUAAUCACCUGAAAAUAAGAAUAGUUAUGUUUUUAUUACCUGAGAAAUAAGCCUUUUAUAUCUACAAACACUGUGGGUUGCCCAAACUGGACAAACUCUGGCUCUUGAUAGGGCAGUUUGUUUUUUCUCAGGUGGAAGCAAGGGAGAUGCAAUCUGCAACUGCUCUGCAAGAUGCCACCAAAUCCUACAUACACACUGGUCCUUUAAAUUCUUGUUUUUGCUAGAAAAAAACAAGACUAAGAAAUCUGAAAAAUAAAUAUAGACAAGAUGUUUUUCUCUCUCAUCACUUUUAUAAUCUUGUAACCCCUCAGAUUUAUCUUAACUCUAAACUAAUACGUCAAGAUUAUGAGCCCUGAGCAUGAAGGUUAUAUUUGUGCUGUAAAACAUCACAGAACUCAUUUAGAUUUGAAUUCCUGGACUCAUUAAAGCACACAUCUAAGAACUUCCUAUUUACUUAAUGUUCAAUUAUGAAGAACUUCCAGUUGAGUCAGAAAAGUUUAUAUUUGCAUUUCAUGUACUUUUUUUUUACUCCCUAAAAAGACAAACUUAACAUGUGUCUCUUUAGUUUUCAUCAUUUGGGAAAGUCGCCAAGACAAGAAAAAUAAAACUGUUCGGAUAUUGUUUAAGACAUUUAUCCUAUUCCAGUGCAUUUUAAUAACCAAGUGAGCUUACAUAUAUCUACUAGGUGCUUUUUAUGUCAUAAUGCAACUGAACUCAAUGCCAUUC